GGAAGAAACACACACCUUCCCGUCUACGUGUAUCCUUCUGCGAAAGGGCGUCGCUUCCGUUUCGCUUUUCUUGUUGUGUUGCCGGUUUUCACUCCUGCUUGUCAUUACUGUCUUGACCAAAUAAUGGCGAACCCGUAUGAAAGCGGCGGUUCGGCCGACCCCUUCCGCGAACCGACUCUUCCGCCGGCGGGUGCGGGCGUGUCGCCGGCGCGCUCCCCACCGUCGUCUCCCCCAAUCAGCGGCGGUGGUGGAGGCGGUGCGAACCCUGCCCUGCCGUACACCUACGGAUCGACCGGUGCUGGCCAGAGCCUGCCGCCCCCCGGCCAGGGUUACAGCGGCGCUUCGUUCAUGGACUACUCUAAAACCUCCCCCACCCAGACAGGGGCGCAGGACACGACGCCCAAGAUGCAGUUCUACGCUGGCGAUGGCACCGGCGUACCACCACCGUGGGAGGACGGUGCGCAGGCACGAACUCCUGCCAGUUCAGACGCUGCCGCCGCCGCUGCUGCUGCACCGUCUCCCACCAGUAAGUUCUGGACAAUGGAGUUCUACCAGCAGUUCUUUGACGUGAACACACGUCAGGUGCUUCUGCGGCUGAGCAACACGCUCGUUCCACUGAAUCCGCCUGACUUCUUGAUGGACCGCAACUGGCACUUCAACGAGUCCAUGGUGGCGGGAGAUGCGGUGGAGGACACAACGCUGGAGGAGGCCGGCGUCGUUCUGUCACGUAAGCCGGACCUCUACGGACCUUUCUGGGUCUGCACCACGCUGUGGAUCACGCUGGCGGUGGUGAGCAACAUCAUGAGCAAGAUCGCGUACACCCGGAGCAACAACAACGCGGACCCGUGGAAGUACGACUUCUCCGUUGCCUCAGUGGCGUACGUCACCAUCUACCUUUACUGUUUUGUGUUUGGCUCUCUGGUGUGGGGCAUCAUGCAGUGGAAGAACCUGCCGGCCACCAUCACCGACGUCGUGUGCCUCUACGGCUAUAGCAUGUUUAUUUUUGAGCUGGUGGCCAUCCUGUGCAUGAUCCCGACGAGUGCGGCGCAGUGGGUCUUUGUGAUGGUCGGUGGGGCGUGGUCCACCGCAUACCUGCUGAUCAAUAUGUGGCACAUGUGGAAGACAACGCUGGAGCGGAACUGGUUCAUUGGCCUGGUUUCUUUCGUCACCAUCUUCCACAUGGGUCUCACCCUGUCCUUCAAGUUCUAUUUCUUUAAAUACAAGAUGGCGUAA